AUGGAAAGAUCUGCGGUGCAGUCUGAGAGAGAGUUCUUGAGGAUGGCCAUGCUGAAGCAUGAGGAAACCUUCAGGGAGCAGGUAAACAUCCCUGAUCGGCACUCCUGUAUGGUCUUCUUCUUUCGUCCUCCUCCUCUGGGUUUCAUGGAUUUCUUCCGGCCACCCAUAAAAUCACAGGUCAUUGAGCUCCACAGGCUGUAUGGAAUCCAGAAAAAACUGAUGAGGGACCUCCGAGAUUGUGGGGGAAAACGGAGAGCUGAUCCUCCAGAGCUGGAAGUCGAUCUGGAGCGGCAGGCGGCGGACUACUCCGGCGGCGCCGCCGGAAUCGAUCAGGAGUGCGAGAUCGAGCUGACUCUGGCCACGGGGAGCCGCCGGUGGAGGAAGGGGAACGACGAGGCCUCAAAGGAACGCCGGCGAUGGGGUCUGUUCCAGUCGCCGGAGUUGACUUCUUCGGAUUUCUCCGGCACGAGGAACACGAAGAUGGAGGACGGGCUAAGGCCGCCGCCGUGGCUGCUCCAUUGCCUCAGUCUGAAGACGACGUGA